UCAUCAACAAUUGACAAUACAACUCUCAAGCAUCGAUUAGCAAACAAUCAUUGCGAGUUGAUGUUUUGGAAUAAGGUAUUCCAGGCUUCCAACUGCCCCGACAUGUUUUGCAAGAAUCAAUAGAGCAGCAGAGGACGGAGCAGACAACGGGUAAACAGCAGACGAUAACUGAACCUCAACAAAGUUAGUCAGAGUUUCAAGGAUACAGGGUACAAACAAUUGUUUGGGACAUACAUCCUGACAUCCUUUCUGUGGCAAUUCACCAAGUACCUCAAAGGGACCUAUUAAUAACCAGAGCCGAGAAUCAUAUGUGGUUUGUUCUUCAGAUAAAGGAAUGCUGGGAAAUACAAGGAGAUCGUCACAAGAUAUGUGCCAACCCUGCGCAUCUCUUGAACGUGAAUAAAGACAGUAUAGCUCUGCUCCACACAGCUUUACCGUUCACGCAGACAGAAGCAUCAUCACAGGUCCAAAAAGGAAUAAGGAGGUCAAGAAGGGGAAGAAGAAGAUCCUCCAGGACAUAGAGAAGAAAGUGUCAGCUCUCAGGAACACGCUCGGGGGACAUCUGCUGGUUCACCUACACGGACAGAAGGAGGGAGACAGGUAUCUGGAGUACUUCCACGAGUUUGUGGACAAAACUCUACAGGACUUGAUUGAGUGUGGAUCUUCCUAUGUGGACACAUAUCGCACGACAUGGUUGCAUGAGACAAUAGGCUUUGAAAACUAUCAAGAUGUUUUAUUGAUAGAUGUAGCUCUCACGUGUGGAAUUUCGACGGCAAAUGUUAACACCAAGAUAUGCAAUGACUUUGAAAAAACAAAUCCGACAACUUUUAAUUUAGUUUCCUUGCUGGCACAUUCUCGAUACGAGGCAUCACAUGGUGCACCUGCUUUAAAGGGAAUUGAUCAAGACAAGCUGCAGCUGUACCAAGAAUCUCAGAAUGUUGAACUGAAACUGUUCUGUCCAAUGAAUGACAUCUCACAUGUGCAGUAUAUUUGGGAAGAUCUUAAACUCAAGGACAAUAUAACGUCUUUCUCUAAAGUUCCUGGUGGAGGAUCGUUUUUUGUGGGAGUAGAGGAAAGAGAGGUCACGGAGAAUGGUUACAAGACUAAAGUUCCCCAUUUUGUCGGAUUUCAGGUUGAUAAUCCAGAAGAACUUAAGGAUGAUCUGUCCAGGAAGGUAGAGGAGGAACUGUGUGUGUUAUCUUUCACUGGUCAUUUUUGUGACCCACCGUCUGAUCUCGUCAAGAUAGGAAUCCAUAGACUACCUGACGUGGGAAACAAGUGUGUACUGGAAGUAGCAGUGAGGUUCUUUGGUGGAAUUGUCUUCUAUGACAAACAGGGGCCAAGAAUUUAUGAAAUACAGAAACAUGGUAUAUUCAGAAUGAAAAGGACUGAGUGGCUACGAAGAAUCCGGCAGCUCCCUUCGUGGAAAGGGAUACAAACAAUGAGAAGGAGACAGAGAACGAAAACAAUCUAAACACACAGAUAAAAGAUGUGUAGUGAAUACAGUGACUGUUUCUUUUUUCAUGAAUGUUGUUAUGCAAAUAUAUUUAGCUAUGCAGGGUACUUGACAUUAAGUUGAAAAACAUAGUGAUUGGCUUGACACUUGGAUUUCAAAUAUUUUAAGAGAAUAUAGGAAAAAGAUUUCACUGUUUGUCUUGUGUCAUUGGGGGAAGAUUCCCUCAAAGAGCGCUAUCCCACAGAAGUCACAAUGUCAUCCAACGAGAGUGAAGACUCGGAUUUGUCCAGCACCUACAGCUCUGACGUGGAGGUGCAGCACUCCAUCACCAGACCACGACCGACAGCAGGGGUCAAGUAUCUGGACUUUGACGAUAUGGACUAUUCCUAUGCAGUAUUUGAAACACCUGACAUUGCAGACUGCAUUCAUCCAAUAGACGUGAAGCUAUUUGUAAGGCCGGAUAUUUUAACAUCCGUCAAAUCCAUACCUAAUUUAAACUUCGUCUACAUCAACUCCCCUGCGCUGACGUUCCUGGAGCCAGAGGUGGAGGUGCCAGCUCCACACAGCGUCAUCUGCGACGCCUACAUCUUUACAACAGACGGAGUGGUUCUCGUCCUGACGUUUGUUUCCAGAGAUGAGCCUGACGCUGUUUUUUACAACUCCACACAGGCCCGGGCUCUGACUGUCGCUGUCAGGAGCAGAACUUACACAAACUUUCGUCCCGUGCAUGGCGUCAUAUCGCCAGAUAUAUACAAAUGUUCUGGUAACUUCCUGUCCAGGAUCCAGCAACUUCACAAAACUGCAGCGCAUGUGUCUGUACAUCAGUCCUUGACUUCCAGAGAUGGGAAGAUGGUUGACAUAUUCAGGACGAUGACUCAGCACCAAAGGCCAUCAAGAAAACUCACAGAUUGGAAGAGAUUAUUUGUGAAGACAGCUGCCUACCAGGAAGUCCGAGACCAGCUACAACAACACAACCUGGUGAUGCUGACUGGUGGUCUUGGGGAAGGUAAGACCACAAUAGGACACAUGCUGUGUUGUGACUACCAGCAACAAGGAUACAACACAGUCUUCUACAGCAGAUGGGAGCACUUCAACAUGGAUGUAUUCCAGGCAACUAAACCUACACUGGUGGUGAUUGAUGACAUGCCAGAGCACUGGGUAUAUUCAAACUUUGUCAGUGAGAUACGCAAGAAAACUUAUACCAACAAGCUUGUUUGUGUUCUUAUUAUAUGCCUGACCUGCAAACGAGAUACCUUCAAUCGAAAGACGGACAUAACACAGAUAGGAAGACAGAACUGGGACAGAACAAAGCAGGAAUAUUCCCAGAUGCUGCAGAUGCAGACAGACAUUCCAUCGGACACACGGGAGGAGAUCAUAGCUAACCUUCCUUCAUAUGUCGGUUUCCCCAAGGUCAUCAAACACUUCUCUCAACACAGACCUACCACAGAUCCCAUAACAUUUUUCGCAUCUCCUCACUCACAUUUCAGUAAAGAAAUAGAAAGAUUACUUAGAAUUGUUGAUUAUUCUGCUGCAGUAAUAUAUAUCUUGGUUUCGGGCAACAAAUUGAAAGACAGCUAUCGAUAUAAGUAUGAAAGUGACUAUGGUGUGAGAGAGGAUCAGUCUCUCUUUCCCGAAUUAAGAACAGAUAAUCUUCCUGACAUGUUACACACAUUGUGCGCCACCUAUCUAUGUCAGUCUGGCAAAAAUAUUAGUUUCACAGACCCUGUCAUAUAUGACGCCUGUGUGUUUGUUGUUGACAACAAGUUUCCUGGAGUUCUCUGGAAAAACAGCAAAGUUAUAUGUGAGACUGGCAACAAGAAAUCUCUCCCAGACAUACCUUAUAAAACCAUCUUCAUCUCCAGUCACAACACAGACAUGUUACUGACAAAGCUGGUAGAAGACACAAGGAGAGGGAAGUUCAGACACACAUUCAGUCACCCAGUUCUUAGCAGUGAGGACAACAUAGACAGGUUCCUGACACAGCUCGAGGACAGUUUUAUGGAUGUUCUACAAUCACAGGAUACAGCUGAUUCGUCCAUGGGUUCAAGGAGCUUCUUGUACUGGGUCCUACAGUCUCGCAACGAUUACCUGUGUCAGAAGGUGUUACAGAAACAGGAACUGUCACAGGUACAUGUCAGUGAAGAACUAGCUUGUUGUAUCAGACUACAUGACACCAAGUCCUUCCUGUAUCUACGGCAGCAGCUGCUGGGUCUACAGAGGGGAGAUAUCACCAUUGCACCAGACUAUACAGAUGCUGAUGGAAACUCUCUUCUUAUGAUGUCUGUGGGCAGGAAUAAUGCCAACAUGGUCAACAUCUUACUGAAACAUGAGGCAGAGUGUCUGAUCAAAAACAAAGUCGGACAUUCUGCCCUCCAUCUGGCCUCAUUGAGGGGAUAUACAGAUGUUGCCAAGUUACUGCUUCCCCACAUGGAGGUCUGGAAGAAUCUGCCAGGACAGGACUUGAGAACACCUGUCAUGAUGGCUGCACUGAAAGGUCAUGGUCAGUUGUAUGAGUAUCUGGCAGAUGAAAGGAAGUGUGACCUGACUGGUGUUGAUGAUAACGGUGAUACUAUCCUACAUCUUGCAUGUCAGGGAGGCAGUGUCCAGAUUGUCAAACAUCUGAUAUCCUGUAAGCUGUUUGACAUCAACCACAGAGGCCAUUAUGGAAAGACACCUUUGAUGAUUGCAGCAUGCAGAGGCCACAGAGAUGUGUUUCAGUUACUUUUGUCAAAGAACUGUCACAUCUCUCCGGUGGACUUCAGCAUGUCUGAAACACUCUCUCAUGGACAUUUUGGUGACUGCCUGAACAUGUCACAGUUUCUACGAGCAAGAGGACAUGGCCUGAAUAGGUUCAUGUUGACACACAAGAAACAUUAUAUCUCAAAAUUGAAAUCACACCUAGAGGAGAAAGGAUCGAGCAUGUUACUUGUGGAUGUGAGUGGUCUGAGUCUGCUUCACACAGCAGCAGAAGCAGGGAACGUGGAGCUGGCAGAGUUCCUCCUGUCAAAGGGAAAGAUUGACAUCAACACGAGGGAUGCCAGCGGGAGGACUCCAGUGAUGUUAGCAGCAGCUGCAGGACACAGAAUCAUGUUUGAGUUUCUAACUAAAAAACAGUGUAAAUUGUCAAUAAAGGACACAAAGACACGUGGAGUUCUCCACUACGCCAGUCAAGGGGGAAACUUGGGUAUUGUACAGGAUGUGGUGUAUCAGGAUGUAAACGAGACAGACAGUUAUAAUAAAACACCUGUGUCGUAUUGUGUAGAGAGAGGACAUAAACACAUUUUUGACACAUUGUUGAACACAGGAGGAGAUCUGUCAGUUGUAGACACUGACAAGAACACACUGCUACAUCUGGCAUCCAAGGGAGGUAACCAGGCUAUAGUGGAGCAUCUCCUGUCAUCAGGGACGUUUGACAUAAAUGCUGUGAACAGAAACAGGAGAACACCCCUGUUGGUGGCAGCGUUCAGUGGACACACAGACAUCUGUCAGCAUCUGAUUGUUGCUGGAGCUGAUGUACACAGACAGGACUAUGAUGGGAAUGAUGUGGUACUUGUUGCAGCUCAGACAGGGAAUCUCCAGCUGGCUGAGUGUGUUUUGUCUGUGAAGAAACGAGUUGACUUUGUACAGGACAAACGUGGGAAAACUGCAGCAAUGUGGGCAGCGGAGAGAGGGGAUGCUGACAUGUUCACGCUGAUGAGUAAAGGAUGUGAUCUCUCUGUAAAGGAUGACAAACAAAACAGCAUCCUUCAUUUCGCCUGCACGGGAGGAGAUUUAGAUAUAGUAGAAUCUAUUGUUGCACAAAACAAAGUUGACUUCAAUGGGAUAAAUAUAUCUCAAGAAACACCAGUGAUGAGGGCAGUGUUGGGGGGGCACAAGGCAGUGUUUGGCCUACUUGUGAGCAAAGGAUGUGAUCUGACAGUUAAGACUAAGUAUGAUGACAACAUCCUUCAUGCGGCUUGUGAGGGAGGCAAUGUGCAGAUUGUAGAAUACAUUGUCUCUCAUAACAAAGUUGACAUCAACAGUACAGGUCAUGACAGAACACCAGUGAUGAGUGCAGCGCUGAAGGGACACAAGGCAAUGUUUGACCUACUUGUGAAUAAAGGAUGUGACCUGACAGUGAAAGAUGAGUAUGGUGACAACAUCCUUUAUGUGGCUUGUGAGGGAGGCAAUGUACAGAUUGUAGAAUACAUUGUCUCUCAUAACAUAGUUGACAUCAACAGUGCAGAUGAUGUGGGCAGAACACCAGUGAUGCUUGCAGUGUUGAAGGGUCACAAGGCAGUGUUUGACCUACUUGUGAGUAAAGGUUGUGACCUGACAGUGAAGGAUACGUAUGGUGACAACAUCCUUCAUAAGGCUUGGAAGGGAGGCAAUGUAGAGAUUGUAAAGUACAUUGUCUCUCAUAACAUAGUUGACAUCAACAGUGCAGAUGAUGUGGGCAGAACACCAGUGAUGCUUGCAGUGUUGAAGGGUCACAAGGCAGUGUUUGACCUACUUGUGCGUAAAAGAUGUGACCUGACAGUGCAGGAUGAGGAUGGUGACAACAUCCUUCAUGCGGCUUGUAAUGGAGGCAAUGUAGAGAUUGUAGAAUACAUUGUCUGUCAUAACAUAGUUGACAUCAACAGUGCAGGUAAUAUGCGCAGAACGCCAGUGAUGCUGGCAGAGUUGAAGGGACACAAGGCAGUGUUUGACCUACUUGUGAGUAAAGGAUGUGACCUGACAGUGAAGGAUAAGGAUGGUGACAACAUCCUCCAUAGGGCUUGUAAGAGAGGCAAUGUAGAGAUUGUAGAAUACAUUGUCUCUCAUAACAUAGUUGACAUCAACAGCACAGAUGAUGUGCGCAGAACACCAGUGAUGAGGGCAGCGUUGAUGGGACACAAGGCAGUGUUUGACCUACUUGUGAGUAAAGGAUGUGACCUGACAGUGAAGGAUAAGGAUGGUGACAACAUCCUUCAUAAGGCUUGUGAAGGAGGCAAUGUAGAGAUUGUAGAAUACAUUGUCUCUCAUAACAUAGUUGACAUCAACAGCACAGAUGAUGUGCGCAGAACACCAGUGAUGAGGGCAGCGUUGAUGGGACACAAGGCAGUGUUUGACCUACUUGUGAGUAAAGGAUGUGACCUGACAGUGAAGGAUAAGGAUGGUGACAACAUCCUUCAUGCGGCUUAUGAGGGAGGCAAUGUCCAGAUUGUAGAGUGCAUAGUCUGUCAUGAAAUAGUUGGCAUCAACAGUGCAGGUAAUAUGGGCGGAACGCCAGUGAUGCUGGCAGUGUGAAAGGGUCACAAGGCAGUGUUUGACCUACUUGUGAAUAAAGGAUGUGACCUGACAGUGAAGGAUGAGUAUGGU